UGAAUAUGAGAGCCAAAAUUCUGCUAUCUUUGUCCUGUGCCUACCGAGUGAAUUUAUCUACUCUAUCAUACCUUUUUAGAGAUAAUAGCUUAUCCCAACCUUUUCCUUCCCAAUUGGUAUUGUAUAGCUCACAGACUUUCUAUAACCAAAAUGGCUAGAAUUUUGAGAGUCACCGCUCCAUAAGACCCUUAAGUUGAUGACUUAAGUGAUUGAAUAGGAAUUAAUUUUGGGAUGACAUGUGUAAAGUGUAGGUCAGUACAAUUCCAUAUACAGUAUCUCAGUGAAGGGCAUUGUAAUAAUGCACAGUUUUUUCUUAUGAUACAUGGACCAUUUAAGUUACAAUCUUAUGAACACUUACCCGGGAAUAAGUCUCUGGAACUUAGUGAAAUUUAUUUCAGAAUUACCCUGCAUUUAAAAGAUUAAUUUGCUACAUUGCUGCUGACCAAUGAUGCUGACAGUAUAAGCAGUCCUACAGGAUUUCCUGAAUUGAAAAAUGAUACUUUCCUGCAAGCAGCACUUGGAGAAGAGACAAAAUACACUCCUGUUUGGUGCAUGAGGCAGGCAGGAAGAUACCUGCCAGAAUUCCGUGAGACUCGAGCAGCUCAGGAUUUCUUUGCAACCUGUCGAUCACCAGAGAAAUGCUGUGAACUUACGCUGCAACCUCUACGACGCUUUCCUUUUGAUGCUGCCAUCAUCUUCUCUGACAUCUUGGUGGUGCCUCAGGCACUGGGCAUGGAAGUGGUGAUGGUGCCAGGAAAAGGGCCCACAUUUCCAGAACCACUAAAGGAAGUAGAGGACCUCCUGAAGCUUCGGCAGAAGGUCGAUGUGGCAGCAGAACUGGGCUAUGUCUUCCAGGCCAUCACACUGACACGGCAGAGAUUGGAAGGGAAGGUGCCUCUGAUCGGCUUCUCUGGUGCCCCAUGGACUUUGAUGUCCUAUAUGAUUGAAGGUGGUGGCUCCAACACAAUGGCGAAAGCCAAGGCUUGGCUCUACCGACAUCCUGAGGCCAGCUAUCAGCUGCUCACUUUAUUGACUGACGUUAUUGUGGAAUAUCUGGUGAGACAGGUGGCUGCAGGUGCUCAGGCUCUGCAGAUUUUUGAGUCCCACGCAGGACAUCUGGGGCCAGUCCAGUUUGCAGAGUUUGCCCUCCCGUUCAUUCGGUCCAUUGCCAAAGGUGUGAAGAAUAAGCUACAAGAAAAUGCUCUCCCUGCGGUGCCAAUGAUCAUCUUUGCUAAGAAUGCCCACUAUGCACUGGAGGAUUUGGCACAAUCUGGGUACGACGUGGUUAGCCUGGACUGGACCAUGUGUCCUCAAGAGGCUCGCAAGCGGACAGGAAAAAACGUUACCUUACAAGGGAAUUUAGAUCCAUGUGCUCUAUAUGCAUCCAAGGAGAAGAUUGGGGAGCUGGUGAAAAAGAUGUUAGAAGGCUUUGGCUCCCAGCGUUACAUUGCCAACUUGGGCCAUGGCCUCUAUCCUGACAUCGAUCCAGAACACGUAGGGGCUUUUGUGGAUGCUGUGCACAUGCAUUCCUGCAAUCUGAACAAAUGUUCUUAGGAGACUCGGAGAAAACAGUCCUUAAGUGAAAAGAAAAGAAAUGGAUCAUCUGCUCAGCAAAUGUAACUGUUAUUGAGAGGUUACAUCCUGAAAAGGAUUUCGGUGUAAUUAGCUACAAAGGCUGUGGCAGGAACUGGCAAAAGAAGCUGGGGAGUGCAGGCUUUUCACACAUACGUUAUCUUCUUCUCAGUCUCUACUGUAGAAAAUGGAUUCAUUAUGAAACAUAUACUUCCCCAACUGUGUACUUUUUAUCCCCAAAUUGCUCCAACUGAUUACAAAACUAAUCUUGAAUGCCUCCAACAAUUAGUGAACACUUUUUUAUUGUAAUUGAACUUCAUCUGCCCUUCUCCAUAGGAAUUGGCUGUCUUGUCUUGCUUCCUACCCAUCUGUUUCUUGCAGAAACUUUUUUUUUAUUACUUGGAUUGUUUUUAAUAGUCAGAUGUGCCGCAAGAGUGGGGCUGUUGAUGUGGGGAGUAAUUCAAAACAUCUGAGGAGGAGCUAUGCCUCAUGCAUAUGCCUGAGUGGUCUGCUGCUUCUGCAGGUUAAGUAUCUUGUGUCUGAGAAAGGGUUAAUCGGUCCCCUUUUAGCUUAUAUGCAAAUUAUAUUGUUUAUAUCAAAAAAAGGAAGAACUAUCCCCUCGCUUCCAGUUACAUGGAACGGUAACCUCUCUGUAGUCCAGGGGUCAGGUCUGGAGCCGCAUGUGGCUCUUUCAUCCUUCUGCUGCGGCUCCCUGUCACUCAAAAUAUGCAUCACAACUGCCAAUGUGCAACCCUUGCCGGCGUGUGAUUUAUUAAGCUUUUCAACCCCCGGUAGGCCAACCGUGGAUAAAUCCAAGAAAAGAAAAGUUUCAGAAGAAAACAGAACAUUUAAUGCAACAUCAUACGCUAGUUUUGUAGCCGCUCAGGAAAUAGUCAGGCACAGGAAGGGUUUUGUGGCUCCCGGUGUUUUCUGUGUGAAAUGGGUCCAAAUGGCUCUUUGAGUGUUUAAGGUUACCGACCCCUGCUCUAAUCCCAUCUCAGCAGCAGCACAGAUUGUCUUUAAAUGGCUAUCCUUUUUAUGAUUUCGAACUGGCAGCAUUAAUGGACUGAUACCAAAAGGGGUGGAGUGAUACAACGAAGUCUUCCUUUUUUUUAUUUUAUUAAACAUCAGAUCAAGAAGUUGUACAUACAAAAUAAAGAGACAGAAGAAUGAUACUUUUAUGGCAACAAA